AUGAGCACCAAAGCACAUGCUCCAGAGUUGAAAAAGUUUAUGGACAAGAGAGUCCAGCUCUUACUGAAUGCUGGUAGGAAGGUGGCAGGGAUCCUGAGAGGUUUUGACCCCUUCAUGAAUUUGGUGUUGGAUGAGGGUGUGGAGGGGACCAAAGGUGUACAGAAUCAUAUUGGGAUGAUUGUGGUGAGAGGCAACAGCAUAUCCCUGAUGGAAGCACUUGACAGAGUCUGGUAUUGCGGCUCAGGGAAGUUGAAACCCACCAAUGUAGGAACUUCUUUGAUCGUCAAGUUCUCCCAAACCGGCGGAGGAUCCCGCUUCACCUGCAGUGUUGACUGCGGUACUAUUACCAUGACCGCAACAACCCCGACCGCAACAACUCCUACGGGUACAGUAACGACUCCUAUGACUACUCCACCUUCCACUUGCAUUUGCGGCGUGUCCCAGCUGGCUCCAACGCUCUGGAGAUCGAUGGAGACGAAAGAGACACAAGAGGAGGAUUUAGAUCGGAUCGUGGGAGGGACGGCUGUGCCCGACCAGCGGAAGUACCCGUGGAUGGCCUAUUUCGGGGAAUGCGGAGGGGCUCUCAUCAACGAUCGAUACGUUCUCACUGCUGCUCAUUGCAUCACAAGCCAGUCGGCAACAGUCUCAGUGACGCUGGGCGACCUGGACAAGUCGAACCCCUCAGACGGUGAUAUCAUCAAUAUCUCAGCGACACCCAUCGUCCACCCACAAUACAACGCCAAGACAUUAGAUAACGACGUGGCCUUGCUGCAUCUGAACACCCCUGUGAAUUUCACUGCCCACCCAACCAUCCGUCCCAUCUGCCUCUCCUCUUCGGCUAAGCCCGUGGCGGGCCAGGAUGUUGUCAUUGCCGGAUGGGGCCAUACCUCCUACGGUGGGCCAGCGCCGUCGGUGAUGAGAGAAGCCGUUGUCAAGAUUGACGACCAGGCGACGUGUGUGAACGCCUACAAUCCCUACGCAGGUGGAAGAGGACGCUCUAUCACCGGCAACAUGUUCUGCGCUUCUGGGCCCGGCAAGGAUUCUUGUCAGGGUGAUUCGGGAGGACCGUUGAUGCAAAAAACCACGGACGGGUCCUUCGUAGAGAUCGGGAUCGUUUCGUGGGGAAACGGAUGCGCGGAUCCGCUAUUCCCCGGUGUCUACACGGUGGUCGCAAAUUACGUGGACAACUUCAUCCGCGACAACACAAAAGAUGCUGUGGCAUGCCGACCUCUUCCGCCGAUACGAGGCAAAGAAUAAAGCUGUCUCUGCAAAAUCAUUAUUGCAUACGUUUAUUCUGAACGGUAUGAGC